AUGGUUGUGGGUAUCACUGAGGAUACCCACAGUGAUACCACUGAUGGUCAUGACCAUCCGGUGGAAUCAGCUCAAAUCGCACGGUUGGAAUCUUCUGAACAACUGAUUGAACAACCGAAAACCAAAACCCCUCAUCCACAAUCUUCCGGUGUUCAAGAAAACCAAAGUGAUCCUGAAGCCCUCAACGCACACUACCGUAGAUUUUUAAACGAUGAUUUUAGUUCACCACCUCCAACGCCCAAAGAGACUAACGUCUCCGAGACAUUUGCUAAUCGACAAGAAUCUGUCCCCGCGGAAGCAGAGGCCAACCUGUUGAAAGGGAACCGAGUUAGACCACCGAUUCGACCCCAAACCGAUCUAGAUGCCAGUUCCGGAGAUGACCACGAAACAGAACAUAAGCAUGCUCUUGCCAAUGUUAUGCAACAAGGGAAUGAGGCAAAGAUCAACAUGCUCACUGAAGCCAACAAGUGGCGUCAAAAAUUUGAAGCGGAUCGAAUGAAAGUUGAGGCCGAUGCUCGCAUGUCGGCUUUGUCAUGGGAUAAGGAGCGGUAUUUUUUGGACCGUCAAGAAUUACGAGACGCCGCGACUCGCCAAAUGGCACAAGAGUUACAAAGGGAGCGCAAGCAAUUCUGUGAAAAGUUAGUAUUGGAGGGCAAGACCCCUGAGGAGCUAGAGGUGUUCCUCCGCCUGGUUUAUCCCGCUGAACAGGCUUAG